GAAAAUAGGAACUUGUGUGUUUUUAUUAAGCAUACCUAACGUGUCUUCCUUUCCCAUUUUCUGAUUUAGUCACCUGUAAGCCCUGCUCGGACCAAGAGGUCCUCAUGGCUGUCUGCACCAGUGAUUUCGCUGGCUGUGGCACUUUUGGAGGUGCGGCGUCGAGCUCGAACCAGCACCCCGUUGUCACGGUGACUCUGCGUCAGCUGUUCCAGCAGAAGAGCGGCCUGUUUGCGUGGGGCGGAGCCAGAGGACAGGGCUGGAGAGGACGGGUCAGCGUUCCCGCUCCGUGCGUUGUGCGUCCAGGAGAGGACGAGUUCCUCCUGACCGGCUCUGUCCACUUUGGUGAGGCGUGGCUCGGCUGUGCGCCUCGCUAUAGAGACUUCUUAAAGCUGUAUGCCGAAGCAGUGAGUGCAGGAGCAAACCCCUGCCACAUAGACACGAACUGAGAGAUUUCUGGUGGAAGACGAUUCGCCUUAAAAUGAAGGAGUUAUGGGUAAAAAUACCGGAGCAUUUUUAUGGAACCAGAAAAGGAGAAGCAGCAGUUUAGCCAAACAUGGUCCAGGUUUUGUUGACUCUGCUGCCUCCAUUUGACUACUCUUGUGAACUACGAGUGUAUUUCUGUACAGACUGACUAAUUUCUGUAAAGUGAUAUUUGUGCCCUACCAGUUGUUGCGAUGACGGCCUUAUUGCUAUUUCUAGAAAUGAAAGUUUGCUUUGUAAAAAGCUUCCUGUAAAUUUGAGCCUUCUGAGAGAAGUC